AUGAGUAAUGAUUUACGACAGAUUAAUAAGAACUUUAGGGCUUUUGAUGUGUUGGUGAAGCAGCAAGUGAAAUUAAGUAAGAGUAAGAAUGAAUCAGAAUUUAACCAAAGUAAAAAAUCCCUCCUCAACUCUUUCAAAUCCCUAAAAGAAAAGUGUGAGGAUGAAAGUGGAGCUGGAUUUUUCUACGGCUCCUGCAUCGGCCUUGAUGGUUCCCAAUCCCAAUUCUCCACUCGGAAAUUAAAACAAUUAGAUAAACUAAACACAGAGGCCACCCAACUAACUGAAGAUUGGAAAAAUGAAAAAAACCCGAUAAAAAAAGCUAAAUUAUUUGCUCUUCUUAGUCAAAAAAAUCAAGAAAUCAAAAGACUAAGAGAAGAAUUGAAAACUGACCCUACCUUUGCUAUUUUUACUCAGGAGAAAAGCGAUGAGUUGGCUAAUAUUGUGAAGAAUAUUUUUCAAGGGAAUGCUAGUUUUUUUAGUUGGAAGAAGGAAGGGGAUAAGGGUAAAAAUAACGAAGGUUCGCAAUCAAAGAAAUAUUUAGGUUUUAUCCCCCAUGAGACCGGCAAAAAUGCUUUGGAGCAUAAGGAGGCACAGAUUAAAGCCACUCGCGGCUGGGAGGCCGACAGUAGUCAUUAUAAUAUACAGAGCCGUCCCGAGGUUAAUGAUUGCAUGGAAGUCGAAGGAGUAGAUGAACCGAACUCUUUUCCCGGAAAGUUACUUUUCUCUCCAGAAAUCACUAAUUUUUUUAAAGAUAUUCUACAAGACAUCGAAGAUCUAGUCAGAUUUGGCGAAGUUAACCCAGAACUAGACGAAAAACAAGAUGGCAAUCAUCUUCACUUCAAAAGACGCAAUAUGGUUAUGUAUGGGGCUCCUGAUCCUAAUAAUCCUAAUUAUGAAUUAUUACAAGAAAUUGAAAGGAAGCCACCUUGUAUUAUUCAGAUUGAUGGUUCGACCUUAGCGACUGGCGGAAAAGCUAUGCCUGGUGGCGGUCAGCCUGAUUCUUAUCAAAAAUUAGUGGCUAUUAUUAAAAAGGCUAAAGAGGAAUAUUAUGGCGAUCCUUAUAGCAAAAAACCUUAUAUUGUUUUCGUGGAAGAAGCUGACCAAGGACUUAACGUUAUGACCUCGGAAUUAAAAGGGGAAGCCCAAGAUAAAAAUAGUUGCAUUAUUAUUGCGACUAACAAUCAUGAGAUAAUUGACCCCGCUUUAUUUCGUCGCGAUAAUAAUCCCGAACCUGAGGAAUUAUAUAAAGUAUGUACUAAGAUUGGUUUUGAUGUAGCCAAGACGGAAUUGGCUAAGAAUUUACCGACUAUAGUUAAUUCUUGGCAAAGACUAAACGAAAAAGAACGAAAAACUAAGGAACAAGAAUUAGAUUAUCUUAAUAACGCCAAGAAAAUUCAGAGAUACGAUUAUGGUCAUGCUUAUCGGAUGGAGGAGUUGCAGAGAGCUUUAAUAAGCAACUUAUGUAAUAAUUUAAUUGCUUUCAAAAAUGCCCUAGAAAAUAGGUUAAGUGAAAUAAGGGGAGAAUUAGCGGCUAAUUUUCAAGAGAUAAGUCAGUUGCGGGGAGAUUUAACAGUUCUAAAAGCCGAAUUGAAGCAAGCCGAGCAAAAUGUUGAAAAUAUUAAGAAUGAGACCAAUAUGAUUAUUGAACGACUAACUAACCAAAUGAAUUUAAAUAAUCAAAAUAUUGCCCGUGAUUUAAGUAGCGGCAUCAGUAGUUUGCAGUCCCAGAUUAAAAAAUUGACCGGGGUUAGCGAACAAUUGGCUAGUAAAAUUAGUAGUAGCACUAGUUCUUCCAGUAGUGGCGGGGUUUCGGUGGAAGAAUAUAAUCAGUCGGUUCGUAAGUAUAAUAGUCUACAAAGUAAGAUUAGUCAACAUUUAGAUAGAAUUACCAGUUACUUAAACAAUAAUCGAGGCAAUAUUGAUAUAAAUCAGUACUUACUAAACGCUAAACAAGCAGGGGAAGCAUUGGAAUUAUUAUCUAGUCUAGAAGAUAAUAGUGUCGAUCUUGUUUUUUUAGAUCCCCAAUACGAAAAAGUGGCUAAUGUAUUGAAAUUGGCUUAUCCUUUAUAUCCCCAAAGUGAUUACCAAAUAAUGAGAAUAAUUGAGCAGGAGAAUCAAUUAGCCGUUAGCCAAAAAAAGCAUCCUCAUCAGAAACCAAAAGGACUAAUAAAAGCUCUGGUAGAAGCUACCACGAUAGCAGGAGAUUUAAUUGUUGAUCCAUGUGCAGGGAGUUUUAUUGUGUUGGAAGUUUGUAGGGAGUUAGGGAGAGAUUAUUUAGGGUGUGAUUUGACUUUUCAAGAAAUGGAAAAAUUUCUGGCCUCCUAA